AUGCCCCGAUGUGGACCUCUUGGACACGAAUCCCUGCAGCAUGUGACCGUGGAGAUGAUUCCUGAAUCACAUCCCUCACAACCAGCUUCGAAUGCUAUCCAUCUGAAGGGUGGUGUAGAAGAGCUAACAAGGAAAAGGGGUAACCUGCCUGAUCAUAUGAAUCAAAUGAAAGCAAACCUCGAUCGGAAUCUAGCGAUCCCCCAUAUGCUAACCAUGAAGGCAUCUAUCAGUCCAUAUGUGGAUGGUAUCUUUGAAGUGAUGUUCAAGAAACCAGCUAAGAUCCCUCUACCUGUCAAGUAUCUCUUUGACACAUUUGAUGCACUGGCUAUAAAGUAUGCAGGUGGAGGAUUGCCCGAGGAUUGUGCGGAUAAAUGGAAGAAAAAUUGCCUGUCUAACUUCUGGAGUUCAGUGCUCACCAACCUACCGUCGAUGUUUGAGAUGCCGAGAUCAGAAACAGCAGAUAGAUGUGUCAUCGCCCUCGCUUGUGCUCUUAAUGACGCAGCAACGACCAAAACCUUGAGACAGGCUGAAUCGGAUCAUCUGCCCUACUACAAUGAACAUCCACUCCAGAGAAAGAUGAUGACUGAUUACUGCACCCAGGUAACAAGUCAACCCAAGGUCCGACCAGGAAAGCUGAACAAGGCCUGCUCCUUUAUCUCUAAGGAGUUCAAAGGUCAAUUCAGUCAUCUUUCGAAUUUGUUGCACCUUUACAAUCUCACCAAGAAUGACAUGGAUGGCCUGGUGGAAUAG